GCAGAACGGAGCGUUGUGAUAGCAGCGAAAAAGGCGGUAUGACCCACACACACCCACACAAUGAACAGUCUAUAGAAUAAGUCCCAUCGUAGGCACUGUCUAUAUCCUCCUCCAUCCCUGCUUCGACUCCACAAUGUCCUCGUUUGCUGGCGUUGUAGCUCAAAAAGCCUGGCAGUACAGCCUCGAUAGUGAAUCUCAAGGUUGGGCCAUAAAGGCAGAUUUGGAUCACGACGAUAUCGAAGUGGUCUCCGGCAGCAGCAGCAGCAGCAUCAGCAGCAACAGCAACAGCAACAGUGUCAUCGACAGCAGCAGUGUUGCCAGUGGCAGUUCCUCGCGAUCUAGCUUCCUAGAACGUUUUGUACCCUUUCCUGCACCCGUUGGUCAGGGCAGCAAAUGGGCACUCAACGCAGAUCACAGUGUGAUUUCGUAUGUCUCUGGAGACAUUGCAUCGGACCCCCAUGUCACCCUGGUGGAAUUAGGCCAAAAUACCGAUCACUCAUCUGAGGAUGAAGAUGACACUUCUGCGGAGUCGUCUAGAACUGGGUUUUGGGGACUUUUCCAUCGCUCGAAGCGAUCUCAACGUCAAGUAAAGAGUAUUCCACCCCGUCAUCGAUCUUUCAAGUCUGUGGUCGGUGAAAUCAAGUCAAUAUUCUUCAGUCCGACAGACCCCAACAUGUUGGUUGUCAGCACCGAGUCAAGCGUACGGUCUAUCGAGAAGAGAGGACAAAUCACGUUACUGAAUAUUGAGCCACAUCGAGCGAUUUCUGCCUCCCCCGGCCCAUACAUCACUGCCCCAUCAGUCGAGCUGGAUCUCACAUCGGGUGCCAACAUCUUGGAUCAAGUGUACGGUGUUUUACCUCCUGGCUCCGAGACAUCGAACGUUUUCGCCAUCGACGGCGAUAAAUUUCUCUAUAUCCCUCGAAAUCGGGUGGGUCACUGGCGAGGUGGAGAGCCCAAUCGAAAUGUAGCCAUCUACGAUAUGGCUGAAAAAGAAAUCAUUGCUUUCCUUGAAGGAAACAAUGACGAGAUCGUUUGGAUGGGAUUCAGUCCUUUCAGAGAAUGGAUUGUCACCGUUGCCAAGAGUCAAUAUGUCAGACUUUGGAACCCCUCGGGAGUCGAAAUUGAAGUCUGGGACACUGGAUUGGAGAACGUCGCUGCUCAAUUCUCACCCGAUCAACUCUUCAUCGUGGUCUCUUGUGCAGAUGGAACCGUCAUUUCGUUCGCUAUUGGAACGGGGGAACAAGUCUGGUACAUUCCUCCUUCUGAUCACGUCUACACCUCUUUGGAAUAUUCUCCAGAUAGUCAAUACCUUGCCCUAGGGUGUGAAUCAAAUGGACGAGCCAGUAUCGUGGACUUGGAAUCUCCCGUGAACGAAGAUGGGACAAGGGACGUGUUCACCUUUAUCCCUGGUCUUCGGGGUGGUCUGUGGCAAGUGGUUGAGCGACACGUCCCGGGAUCCAUCACGUCACACAAUGUCAGAUUCAUUCACGCCGUGGAUUUACACCUCAUUCGCGAUAACACAGCUCAUCUCGUUGGCUUCUCAAGCCGUGAUGGGUCUGAUUUGCAGAUCCUCGAUAUGGACACUGGUAGAUCGUGGCAACUGGGGUCAGAAUCGGGUGAACUGGACGAGGAGGAGGAUCGAGACCUGCCACCGUCGCUUUCAUCGUCUCGACACGACACUCCCGGCCACCAGCACUUCAACACUCGACGCCUGCAUCAGAGCCUAGGUUUCGACUUUGCAGAAUUCAACGAGGAUACAGAGACAGAGACCCAAGCGGAGAUGCUUGGAUGGGAGUAUCUCUCAGAAUUAGAUCAAAUCAUGACGAUUCAUUCGGACGGUGUCCGAUAUUGGAAAUUUGAGUGAAUAGUCCUCCCUCUCGCAACAUUUUAUUAGCUCUUAUAGUUUGUACCCAUAACUCAUCAUCUUUUUGUAUACCAAUUAUAGGCCCCUUAACGCAGAUGC